AUGGACCCUGAAAAGGCGGCUGACCCUUCAGGGUCUUCUCCACGUCCUGAAGUCGUCCGAGUUGAAAACCACACCACAGACGUGACAGACGUGGAGAAGUGCGUGAACCUGUCUCCUACCGAAGACAUACCCAUCGCACCAAUCGAAGAGAAGAUGAGGCCGAGAUUCUUUGACGGCACAGCCACGCUCACCGUGGGCGACGGUGUCAUUCUCAUUCCGACCCCGAGCUCGGAUCCCAGAGACCAAACUCUCAUGGAAAAUACGAACCCCUCGGCUUACGAACCAAAACCAGAUCCCCUCAACCUCCCAGGAUGGCACAAGAAACUCAUCGUCGGUAUCAUCGUGCUGUAUGCGAUAUCCGGCCUGUGCCUGAUCACCGCGCUCUCCGCGCUCAUCGUCUUCAUCAUGCCGGACUACAACCGCGACGGCAUUACUCCAGACCAGAUCUCGAAUCUCUUUACCUUCCCCAAUCUGUUCCUCGGCCUGGGCAACCUCGUGUCGAUGCCCAUCGCCGUGGCCGUCGGCCGGAGACCCGUGAUCCUGGCGUCCAACGUCUUGCUGUUUCUCGCCGCCGUGCUCUGCGCGACGAAUAGGAACUACUACUGGCAUCUCGGCGGGCGCAUGGUUGCCGCUUUCGCCGCGGCCCAGUGCCAGGCCUUGGCUCUGCUGAUUAUGCAGGAUAUUUACUUCCUCCACCAGCGCGCUCGCGUAUUCCAGAUUUAUGCGUCCGCGGAGGUCCUCCUCAACUCCAGUCUCGUUAUCGCGUCUUCCUACAUGGCCGACGCUCUAGGAUGGCGGUCCUGGUACUGGCUCUUCGCCGGCCUCUCGGGCCUCGCCAUGAUUCUCACCUUCUUCUUCGUCCCUGAGACGGCGUAUGAUCGGCCUAUCGAGUCCUUCAUGGGUUCUCACCCUAGUGACACGCGGAACCUCCUUCCGGCGCAGAGCAGUACCCCUGGGUACAUUGGCCGGAGCCGCUCACCGGGUCCGAAGUACACCGCGACAGACGACAGGCCGAGUGUCGAUUUGGAACACUAUCAAGAACGUACAUUCGCCUCCAACCUGCAGAUAUUUGUGCACAAGCCAACCUGGUCCCGCUGCUGGCUCUGCCUGAAGCAGAUCGGACAAGUCUUCCUCUUCCCGCACGUGCUCUGGGUGGCCGUCAACAACGGCCUCUUCCAGGGCAUCGACAUAUCGAUCCAGAUGACGUACGCCGAGGUUCUCGUGAAGCCGCCGUACAACUGGGCCAACACGUCCGUCUCGCUCAUCCAGCUGGGCCAGAUCGUCGUCGCGCUGCUCUGCGUGCCGCUGAUCGGCUGGAUGAGCGACUACGUCAUCCGCGUCUCCGCGCGGCGCAACCACGGCGUGCACGAGCCGGAGCAGAGGCUGGUGGCGUGGAUCCUGCCGAUGGCGACGGCGCUCGUCCUGACCGUCCUGUACGGCUACGUCCUCAAGAACCCCGAGAACUUUCACUGGAUGUCCAUCGUGUCCGUCGUCGACGGGUAUCUCAUUGUCCUCAUGGGCGUCAACACCGUCGGGACGGCGUACCUGAUCGACAGCCAUCCGAGCUUCGCCGGUGCGAUUCUGGUCGCGCUCCCCGUCACCCGCGGCCUCGUUGGCUUCGGGCUCAGCAAGCACACCACUGAGUACAUUGCCAACAUCGGCCCCGUCCGGACGUUUGGCAUAUACGCUGCCCCCCUCAUCCACCGCAGCGUCCUCGUCCGCUUCGCCUUCAUCGCCGACGAAAACAACACCAUCCCCGUCCGCCUGAUCGAACACGACGGCGCCCCGACCACCGUCUACAACUUCCUCCACCUCGUCAGCGAGGCCGCCGUCGGCCUCCUCUACAACCGCAGCCUGCACGACUACCGCAGCGGCGCCGACCCGCACGCCCGCUUCCUCGGACGCCUCCGCGCCACCCAGGCCAUGAUCCGCGCCGGCUUCGACGUCAGGGUCCGCUGGAAGCUGGGCGACGGCUUGCUCGGGCACUCGGAGGUCCCGCUGCUCGACGCGGACAACUGGGACGAGAUCGUGGGAUUGCUCGCGGGUCCCGGCGGUUCGCGGCACUGCGUCGUGGUGGACCUGCCGGAUGAUAAGGUGGAUUGGCUGAGGAAUGUCGUACCCGGACCGGAGUCUCCGGAGGACGGUUCGGGGCCGGAGACGGAGGAAUGUGGAUCGACACGGGGCUCUUCGGAGUGGGCCCCGAUCCGCUCCUCGCCCGCCGCCUGGAUCAAGUCCCUCGUCCUCGUCGCCAGCUUCAUCAUUUUCGUCGAGUACACCCUGUCGCAAGUCAUGGUCCCCAAGCCUGGCUCCUCGCUCCUCGCCGCGCUCGCCGUCUUCGGCAGCGGCGGCAGCGGGUCCUCCGUCGCGCCGGGGAACACCACCACCACCGGCCCCGGCGGUGUCGACAUCGGCUGGCACCCGCCCGCCAGCUCCGAGGUGAACAACCUCACCUCCGUCAUCGGCGGCAAGGGCGUCUGGGGCUUCAUCUACGACACCUCCGCGACGCCCGACGAUAAGUACGGGCAGUACAACUGGUGCAACAUGCCCCACGUCCGCAAGACCGAGUACGUCAAGGCCUCGGACGAGUACGAGCUCAAAUACGUGGAACUGAUCCAUCGCCACCACAAGCGCACGCCCUACGCCUCCAACGCCUUCCCCGUGGAAUCCUACCAGUGGAACUGCGACGAGCAGGGCCUCUUCUACUACGGCGAGCCCUUCUCCAGCCGCAACAAGCCAGCAAAGACGUACUGGAAGGUCUACAUCUCCCCCGUGAACCCCUUCGUCCCCGCCGGCUGGAUCGGGACCUGCCAGUUCCCCCAGAUCACCGCCCAGGGGCUCGACGACUCCUGGGUCCACGGCGCCGACCUCUUCGCCGUCUACCACGACCUCCUCGGCCUCCUCCCCGCCCGCGACGCCGCCGGCUCCCCCGACUGGCUCCGCCAGGUCCGCUACCGCGUCACCAACAACCAGAUCACCAGCCAGGUCGCCGGCAUGGUCGUCAACGGCAUGUGGGGCACCACCGGGUCCGCCGCGCUGAGCAUCCAGGCCGCCGGCGUCGACUCCCUCGAGCCGCAGUACGCCUGCGCCGCCGGCGCCGCGCUCUUCAACCGGAUCAAGUCCUCCGCCAACGCCCCCUGGCAGCAGCACCUCGACGCCGCGGCGCCGCUGUACGCCGCCCUCGACGACAUCUCGGGCGUGCCGGCCGACGACGCGGGGUUCCACGCCAGUUUCGACCACUACUACGACAACCUCUCCGCGCGGCAGUGCCACGACAAGCCGCUGCCCUGCAAGCUCGUCGACGGCGCCAACAGCACGACGUGCGUCACGCAGGACCUCGCGGACGCCGUCUACCGGCUGGGUAACUGGGAGUACUCGCAGAUGUACCGCGACGCGCCCGACUCGCUCACCGCCAGCGUGGCGAGCUGGGGCGUGUGGGUGGCCGAGCUGGCGACGCACCUGCGCGCCGUUGUGGCGGGGCAGAGCGAGGUGGUGUAUUUCCACAACGUCGCGCACGACGGGUCCGUGUCGAGGCUGCUGUCGAUCCUGCAGCUCGAGAAGAUGGUCUGGCCCGGCAUGGGAUCCGAGGUGGUUUUCGAGCUGUAUAAGAAGAAGGAGAAGAGCGGUGGCGAGGCGGCGGCUACGGCUGCGCCGGUCGCUGGCGGAGAGAGCGGGUGGUAUGUGCGUGUUCUCUGGAGCGGGCAGGUUUUCAAGUCGUCGAACCCGUCUUUGGGUUUGAUGGAUAUGAUUCCUGUCGAGACGCUGCUGGCGUAUUUUGACGGGCUGGUUGGAGAGAAUGCUAGUCUCGUCAAGGGCAAGUGCACUGCCUCGUAG